AUGGAUUUCACCUUAUUACUAUGGUUAGUAGUGUUAGUAAUCACCUCAAUAUUAGUAUUCUUUGGAGUCUUUAGUAUCGUUGCAUUGACAGACUUGGAGUCAGACUUGGUAAACCCAGUGGACUUGGCGAGGAGAUUGAACCCUAUAUUCAAGUUGGAGAAUAUCAUUCACUCAGUGUUGUCAGUGAUACUAUUGAUACACUUUAAUAUAUAUCUUAUACUUUGGAAUCUGCCAUUGGUCGUUAUGCAUAUAAUGUGGUACACCAAUGAUCAACAUCGAGUCUUUGCAACAGAGAUAUUCCGUGUGUUGCCAGUCUACAAGAAGCGAUAUACUCUAAAGACUGCAUUCUAUAUUGUAUCAUUCUUUAUAUAUUUAUAUUGG